AAAUCCAAACGAGCGUUUGUCUGACGUCGUUACGAAUUCUCUUUGUAAAUCAGUUGUUUGACUUGUGAAUCACCGAGUCUACGCAUCAAAACAAAAUGGCUUUGACUCGAUCUGUUGCAGCGCUCAAGCUUUCCCGCAAUGUACCCAUUAUGAGUCGUUUAGCUUAUUACAGCCAAGAUGGUGGAGCUGGUGCCAUUCGAGAAGCUGGUGGAACUUUCGGAAAGAAGGAAGCCGCUGAUGAGGAACGAUACUUCCGUAAAAUGCAAACUGAACAGCUGAAAACACUUAAAACUCACCUUGAUGAGGAGAUAACAUUUCAUCAGCAACGCAUGAAGGAACAUCAGGAUGCAAUUGACAUUCAUCAAAAGAGAAUCACAGAGUUGGAGCAGAAAAAGAAAGCCUAAUUGUUUGAUAUGCCUGAGUGUGGUGCAAGGAUAUCAAAAUUCUGGAAGGAUGUGUAGCCUUAAUGUAUAUCCUAAAAUACAAUUCUAGUUUAUGGUUGA